UAUUAGUACUUGUCGACGCGUAUAGAGCAGCACAUCAUUCGACAUUUACGGAAAAUUGGAUGUUUAAUCGCUUAAAUGAAUACCAGUUGCCGGCUACUCUAAUUUUAAAUAAGAUUGAUCUCUUAUCAAAUAAAAAUGUGAUUCCUCAACUAAACGAAACUUAUUCAAGAAUGUAUAGUCAUAUCGUGGAUAAUAUUGCUAUUUCAGCAUUGAACAAUUAUAAUCUGACAGCAUUGAAGGGAUUAUUAUUUUCAAAAACGCGCCCACAUAAAUGGCUCUACUCGCCCGAGCAAAAAGUAGAAAUGGGGGAAUUGAAACGCGUUGAGGAAUUUAUUCGUGUAGAGUUUUUCAAGAAAUUGAAAAGUUAUUUACCGUAUAUGUUGACUCAAGAAAACCUCGGCUGGACAGAACUCGAUGAUGGUACAUUGCGAAUCGACCAAAUAAUUUACGUGGAAAAGAAUUCGCAAGAGAAAAUCAUUAUAGGAAAACAAGGAAACAUAAUAAGCGAUGUGGCAUUGUGUGCACAAGAAGAAAUUUCGAAAACUUUAAAGAGAUCAGUGAAACUUUUUUUGACUGUUCGUAAAAAACCGCAAUUCCGUCGAUAG